AUGAUGUCCGGCUCCAGCGCUGCAUCUUCAGAUAAUUCCAUGACGGGCCGGCCCCGGCCCGAGGAGCAACUCAUCAGAGCAGUCGAUGCUGGACAGAUUGCUGAACAGUAUGCUGGGCCAAAUGUUGGAGAAAGCGAAACUCUGACGCGGCUACCUGUCCGCCCGGUAAGCGGAAAAGCCGUACAAACACCGACUUCUUCGAUAGAGAAUAUACGCAUUGGUGAAACAUCGGCUGGUUCCAUGUUGGACAUCAUGGCGACUUCAUCAGACAAUAGUCCCAUGCUUGGUUCUUUGCAAGCCAAUUCGACAAACCAUUCACAUUCACAGGAUCGCAAGCGCCGGGUGACAAACAACGGCAAUACCUCCUCACUCCAGAGAACUCGCUCUGGUGGAGCAAUCCAGCGUGAGGCCAAUGUACAGGUUGCAUUGCCUCAUCGAUCGGUAUCCAUGGUUGUGCCAACUUCGCGAACUGCCGCCCCGAAGAUGUCGGGGUCAUCAUAUGAAGCGGCAAUAGAAACCAGUUCAUCACCGCAUAAUCACCCUAUUGACCACCGUUUGUCUGCUGAUCAUGGAGUUCCAAGAAAUGUCCCGCUGUCUAGUGGCAUUUCAUCACUGUCACAUCAGCCUAGGAGAGCUGACGAUAGAACCCGCCGUCAGACAUGGCACUCUCCAUCGGAAGCUGGCGCGGAUACUGUGACAUACCCAAAAGAGAAUCAGGUCAGCCGUCCAUUUCCAUGGGAACCAUGGACUGGACCGAGCUCUCAAGCCUCAACCGGCAGCCCUAGUGAAGGUGAACUUUGCCAGCCACAGGCCAGGGCAUCCAUCUAUUCACAACACACCGACCACACCCAAGCCUCGCAGCACCGACGAGAAAGGAACGUCGGAAAUGAUUUUGAAAGGGGGCCAAGGCGGAGAUCCCACGUGGGCCAUAUAGCACUCAGCAGCCGACCUUCCGUGUCGAGAUCCUUAGAUCACAGCGGAACUUCGUGGAAUGGUACCCAUGAAGGUGAGAACCGCCUUCAACGGUCUGUGUCCUCACGGACAUCCGUGGGAAAUAGCGAGGGGGCCUCUUUCGAAAGAACCGCGAGAUGGGGACGAGAGGGCGGGAUAGUUGAUAGAAACAUGCAUGCGAGGCGAGUCUCAUUCGGGAGCCACCGCAACGAUCCUCAAUCGGGGGCCGGCGAAGACGAAGGAGGAUAUGGAGGAUAUCCAGAAUAUCAAGAUGUCGACAUGCCGAGAUGGCAACCCGACGCAGAAGUAACGAGCUGUCCGAUUUGUGGGACUGUUUUCAGUUUUUGGUACAGGAAGCACCAUUGCAGGAAGUGUGGAAGGGUGGUGUGUGCUUCGUGCUCGCCUCACCGGAUUACCAUCCCAAGGCAGUACAUUGUUCGCCCACCCGAAUCACUCACCUCUCUGCCUACGUCCUCGCCAAUUCCUGUAUCUCUGACACCCGUUAUCGACCUACCUGGAGACGGUCCCGUUUCGUUCAAUUCCAUUAUCAACCCUGCCCUCGGAGGUGGUGAAGAAGUACGCCUAUGCAAUCCUUGUGUACCUGACCCGAAUCCCAAUCCUCUGGGCUAUGGUUCUCCUCGCGCCCAAGGCCAUCGAUCUACCCAGUCGCUGUCGUCUACCAUGGGAUCGGCUUAUUCCACCACAGCGCGAGUGCAUGCCUCCUCUCGCCAGGAGCGACGGACGGUCGGAGCCAACGACCGACCCUCGUUUCUACCGGAAUUUGGCCAGCAAGCCCACCGAUCCGCCCACGAUGCCAUGGCAAACUUCGACUACAACGAACAGGACCAAAGCCACAUGGUUCAUGCAGCCGCGUUUGCCGACACAUUCGCCAGAGUCGACAGCUUCCGCUCAUCAAUACCUAGCGCGUCUCGCUCAGCCGUCUGUGAACGAGACCUUUGCCCCGUUUGUGGAAGGCGAUUCCCAGCGCUUAGCGAUGACCAGCCGAUGGAAGCCCGCGAAGAGCAUGUCCGACGUUGCAUCGCCAGCUACGGCGCCUCACCUUCUCAGCGCGAGCCCCAGCAUGCGGAUGCCCGACUGCCACCGCCGCCGGUAGCCGCCCGCAUGCUUGAGUUCAAGGCGACCGAGAAGGACUGCCUCGGCGAAGAUGGGUGUGUGGCCGAGUGUACGAUCUGCAUGGAGGACUACGAAGUCGGGCAGAGCCUGGCUCGCCUCGAGUGUCUCUGCAGGUUCCACAAGGCAUGCAUUGUUGACUGGUUCGAGCGGAAGAUGGAGUGCCCUGUGCACAAGGUAUCUUAG